AUGUUAAUAAAUGCCGAUAAGAAGUAUAGAAGGGGCUAUGGUGUACGUUACACGACCAGCAUAUGAGCAUGAUUGAGUCACGCAAUCCUUUGAUCACGCGAAUAUCCAAUCUACAAAUGGCGGCUUAAAGUCCUGGGACACUUAACGCGAUAUAACAAAAGUCGAAUCUUUCCCUACCCUCUUCCCCUAAAAAUGUUGAAUUCUAGGCACUUUGUAAACUUUAUCAAGAUGUGAUAACUGUUUGCUUUACCAACAUUGUUGGGAGGGGUAAGGGGAGGGUAGGAUCUGUGAAAAAGCAUGAAUUGGCCAAAGAUGGUGUUUGUAAUAUUUUGGGAUUGAGGAUAUAUUUUCAAUAACUUUCCCAAGGAGUUUAUACUUGCAUUGUAGCUUCCUAGCUCACUCAAUAGAAGUGACCAUUUGGGAAGCUCAAGUUGAGACCUUAUCAAAGCUUGAAUUUUUCCAGGCUUAUUGUUCUACAGUUUCCACAACUUCAGUACACCUGUGAGGAUAAUUUUGACAUUUUUUAUCACCCAAAGGUGAAACUAAGUUGAACAAUUACUUUGCUUAUUUUUGUGUGAUGAAAGAAUUUAAAAUACAAACAAUUUGGCUAAUAAGAAAAAAUUUGAUCAGAAUUUUAAUAUGGUUAUUGGUUGUCAAAUGCUCUAAUUCUUGUGCCUCAGUCCCUAUUUUCCAGUUUUAUUAACAAUUUUUUGAGAUUGUGGGGCAUCAUUUGGGGAAUGUAGGUUUUCUAAAAAGCUUAGUAACUCUUCCACUCCCCAGAAUUCUUAAGAUGUUAGUUUUGAGAAUUUGGUAUUGGAUCACCUAACACUCCCCCAAUUGAUAUUAUUUUUUUAUUCUCAUCACUGCUUCCCCCUUUCUCCUGCAUGCUGAAUACAAGAAAAAGAGGUCCUGGCUAGCAGGGGAUUUGUCUGCUUGAUACUGGAUUGAUAUUGUGGGGAGAAAUUCUUUCUUGGUCUCUUGUGGGAGUUAAAGGUUAAAUCUUUGCUUCUAGUGUGCACAAUAAGUCAACUUGAUGAGCAAUUAAACUUUUUGUGAAUGCAAUUCUGUUUAUGCCUCUGUAAGAACCCUUACUACUACACAUAUAUUGUUUUUCCUGAUAAAAAUGUGUAGAACAGAGAAAAGUUUCUCUAACAAAGCAAUAGAUUUUUAAAUCAGGGACCUGGAUGUUAUGGUUGAUUAAAUAUAAAUUACAAUCUAUACUGAGGAAACUAAUCAUAAAAUAUCUGAAAUGUUAUCCAUGACAGAUUGUGCCUUUCGUGAGGCGUGAGUAGUCCAGUGGUCAGUGUGCUGGACUCUGGGUCCGACGGCCCGGGUUCAAGUCCUGGCUGGGGCAUGACGUUGUGUCUUUAAGCAAGACGCUUCACUCACAUUGCUUCGUCUUCUCGGAUAGGACGUAAAACCGUUGGCCCCGUCUCCUGCAGGGUUCGGGUAGGAGACGUUAAUUUUCCACGCACGAGAUUACUGUGUGGUGGAUGUCCUCCCCUGGAGUGGGAUGGGCGGAAGAGACACUAAUUGUAAAGCGCUUCUGAUCAUCCCAUAAAUGUUAAAGGGCGCUAUAUAAGUAAAUAAAUUAUACUAUCGAAUCACCCAUUCCACAAAAAGUGGGCCCAAUAGCCAUUUUCAAUGUCUUUGUUUUGCGGAGGCCACAAGAAAAGUUAUAGCCGUACAUUUUUAGUGCCCAGGUAGAGUAGACAUGGUAAGUUCAAAGCCCCAAAUGCAAAGUCGUAUGUAUCUUAUACCAUUUUUGCAUUUGGAGCUCAAAACCCCCCUAAAAGUACUUUUUUUCAGUGUCCACGAUGGAACGGUAGAACAAACAUCUUGAUUAUAAACCUCUGAAUGAUCCCCGGGUAAACAUUCGAUAUGUGUAAACCGUCCAAUAGUAAAUGAACUUAAAAUAAAUUUUGAUGUUUCAUAGUGCACUGCAUUAGUCCGAUUUUAGUAGUCACAGAAUUGAUGUCCACAAAUUCUUUGUAACUUCCGUUACCGAAAUAAGAAAAGUAAUUUAACUGCGUUAGAAAUCCCUGUAUAAUCUCUUCUUACCGUCAAUUACCUAUUGUUUCAUCGCAGUUUCAAUAUUUUAAGUCAUCACCUCCUUUUCUACAAGUGGCAAUGAUAGACUUCCCUUUGAAUGAGGCCGAAGAGCACCGUAUGGUUAAGAAUGUAACUUCCGUUACCAGUGUUUAGCGAAAACAAAAGUUCCUUUGCUUCAAAAUGUUCUGUGCAAGUACGAAGGUACCUACAAUCAGUAAGCUCACAGACUUAUAUUAACUGGCUUGUGUCUUGGAAAGAAGUGGAGGCACAAAAGAUCUCAAACUGUAACGUCCGUUACUGUAACUUCCGUUACCAUUUAUUUUGGAAUAUCUUAAAUACGCGUCCUUUGGUUGAGUUGCACUUUGGAACAUCAUCUGGCUGUCUAAAGUCGCGGCAAAAUAAACAUGACUGACAUUAUUGACAUUCCAGUGUUACGCAACAACCCCUCCGUUGCCGUAUUGCGACACAUUCGCCAAGACCGAAGCGUUUGUUACAAAUUUCUCAAUUUUUCAUUGUCAGUCGUUCAUCGAAAUUGACAAAAUCCAAAGGUGAGUAGUAUCAAUAUGAUGUACAUACAAAAUUUAUUUGCAUUGACGUUUUCUUUUGGCUAAAAGCCUCGUUUUCUGUCAGACAGUAAAAAUGUAACGGAAGUUACAAAAACUGGAAGUGGCUUGUUAGGGCCUUAAAACGGGUUUUGGAGUCACAAGAAUGAAAAUUUUGAACAUCAGAGUAGAAUAUAUCGUAAAAAUAAUCAUAUCUAAAUGUUUAAGCUGUAGGCGUUUAGAGAUAUUUAUGAAUAAACCAAUUUUAAACGGCGUAUUUAAAUAAUAAAACUGAAUCGUUGCGUGACAUAAUUGGACCUACUCUUCACACGAUCGCAGAUGCCAAAAGUCGUGCAGAGAUUCAAAAGGCUUACCGUGAAAGGCAAAAAACAGAAAGAAGGGAGAGAUUACGUGGAAAGAGAGAGGACAAGAAAAAGAAAAGCCUACAUACCUGCUGCAAAUUUGGAUGACAAUGCCCUUAAGAAGCGAAGACUGGACCAAAAAGCCCGGGUGGAAAAAUACCGGAAAGAACAGAAAGAAAAACAGUGUGCCAUCGAAAGAGCAGCAGAAGCUUCAUCCACUCAAAAACGUCAAACCCGGAGUGCCUCUAAAGAAGCUGAAAAAAGUGCCCCAUUUGAUGGUAAAGUUCAGUAACCCUAACCCUAACCCUAACCCUAAGAUCUCUAUAUUUUCUUCUUUGUAGGAGCAGAGCACUUUAAUAGUAUGAUUUUUAUUUACAUGUUGCCCUGUAUUAAAUAUAUACUACGUUGAUUUUGAAUAACUUAAAAACGAGAACUUAAAAAAAAAGUGGAAAAUUAUUUUAAAGAUCGGUGAUUUUUUUUUUGCCUAAAGUGAUUUUCAAGUAAGUACAAUAAAAUGUUUCAUAACUACGGAAAUAUAUGACCUUUGGUGCUAAUUUUUGAGGUAUUUACUCUUCGAUAUUUGCGCUUUAAAUUGAAUGAUUCGCCACGUACUUUCUGUGAAACUGAUUUUUUUCGAUUUUCCAAGUGACAUUGGGCCCACUUUUUGUGGAAUGGGUGGAAUAAAUUAUUUCAAGCCGUAUGAGAUAUUUAAAUAAGAAUACACAGAUUUCUGUGAAUUCGAUCAGAAGACCCUUCUUCUUUCUAAAAAAUGAACAACCUCCUCACCAGGGAUAAAGCAAUCUUGAAUAAUUUUUUAAAAAUAUUUCGUCUGCACAUUAUAUUUCUUCAACACAAAUUAUUGAUUUAAUACUUAAGCACUGCACAUGGUUCGAGCUUCCUAGAAUUCAGCUACGUCAAUUUCAUACAUAACCUUGGCACUGCGAAUUUCAGUGCGAUUCAUCGGCGUAUUCGAAUAGUUUUUAUAAUUCACCUUUCGGCUGCGCAGCUCAGAGCCUGAUAUCAAUUCAUCUCAAUACGAGACCUAUAUUCCAGAAUUACUAUAUCCUUGAAGAACCGUGACGCAAAAUGUUCUCGAAUACUUGUCUCCUUAUAAUAAAGGCUAAGGUACAUGUGACCAAGUGUCUGAAUCGACGGGUUCACUACGAAUUGAGAGCUUCAAAUGAUUGCUCUAACACUUAACACACGAAUCACUUUGUUUGGUCAUGAAAGUGAUCAUGUGUUGUCUAUAGAAUUGGCGCGAAUAUUCAACCAAUCAAAAGCAAGAAUGAUACCGAUCCAGACUCCUUCCGUGUUUUGGACCUACACCAAAAUGGCGGACGAUCUGCCUUUCAAGGCUGAAUACGCUAAGUCCAACCGUUCUUCUUGCAAAUCAUGCAAGGAUAAUAUCUCAAAAGAUAGCCUAAGGCUGGCGAAAAUGCUACAGGUAAGGAGAAUUUUGAAGAAUAUUUCGUGUGAUCUUGAUGAAAUGGAGCGAUCUCAUUCUCAAACAUGUGAAAUCUACAUGUAGACUCGUGUGCAUAGCAUAUAGGGUGCGUCAAAUUAUUGAAAGGGUUUUGCUGACAAACUCUUUCCUCUUUGUUUUUCAGUCUCCGCACUUUGAUGGCAAGGUAAGAAAUUUAGCUUUCCGAAAGUAGUGGCAUAUAAGAAUUUUUCAAUUAUGUCUGUUGGUGAAAGGAAUUACAUAAUUAUUUUUGGAACACGAAGCAAUUUCUGAAAAUCCGGUUUUCGGGAGCUGGAGUUAGCUAUGAUGGUACUCAAAUUGGUGAAACAAGUUCUGAUUUCAAAGGAGUAAGAUUAAAUUUCAUAUAAAUUCAGUCAAUGUUUUGAGAGGCCAAGUAUGAUUUUAUUAGUUUUUUUUUAACGCUCAUUGGUGCAUCUCUUCAGCGCUUAGAAACUAAGAAAAAAAUUUGGAACCUGGAAAGGGUGGCAUGGUCUACCAUAAUUGUGGAUUGAUGAGAAAUUAAGAUCAAAAGUAAGAAUUGUGGCAGAAAAUUUUACAGACAGCAGCCUGAAAGAUCAAAGGCCCAAGCCUACAAAACCAUUUUUAGCUGCGUUCAACCAGUGGCACACCCAGGGGUAGGGUCAGGUGAAGGGGGGGGGGGUCUGCACUCUCACCAUUAUCUGACUGGUUAGGAUACAUAAAUAUUAUAUUUUUCUGAAUCAAAGUUUGAAUCCCUUCCCCACCUUAAAAAGUUGAUCCACCCUUGUUAUUGCAAAAUAUCAAUUAAUGUAGAUGGCAUUUUAUGGUCCUUUGAUUCAUAGAUUCCCCAUUGGUUUCACUACAACUGUUUCUUCAAGAAGAUCAAAGUGAAAGCUUCCAGUGACAUAAGUGGCUUUGAUUCCUUAAGAUGGGAUGAUCAAGAGAAGAUCAGAGGCAAAAUGGAUGGGGGGGAGAGGGUGGGGGUAAGGGAACUCAACCAGCUAACAGUGUUGCAGAUGACCUUUUGGUAGAGUAUGCUAAGUCCAGCCGUAGUAAAUGCAAAAACUGCAAGGAACAGAUUGACAAGGUAAGAUUUGACCUGUGGUUUGCUACAUUUGUUACAAUGUCUUAACUGACUGGAUGAGAGAUCAAGAUGGGAAAAUCUUUCACCUGCUGAGUCUUGUCUGUGCAUUGGAAUUUCAAGCCAGGCAUUUCCCCUUUGACUUGCCCAAACUAAGUCAAUGAGUUUCUUAUCAUGUGACCACCAAGUCCAUAAAAAUUUGAAAUUAUGUUUGAUACCAAAUAGGGUGUGAUUACAUCACAUAAAGGUUGUGCACAGGACAGCUAUGAAAAAAGAUUCCACAGAGAAAACUUUUCCUGGUUUUCUUUGAGUCAGAACAAGAAACUCACAGUUCAUUGAAAGCAUUACUUGAAACCAUCUAUUUUCUGUCUAGUUUAGAGUUGUCGCUCUUGAAAAUGCUGUUUUAACCCAUUAAUUCCCAUGAGUGAUCAAGACAGAAUUUCUCCUUACAAUGUCAAUACAAUAUCAAGUAAACAAGUGACGAAAAUAAAGAAAAAUGUCAAUUAGGAUAUUAUUAGUUGAUUCACUAACACAUUCUCCAAACUAACAUUAUAAGAAUUGUAUAACAGGCAGCAAAGAUAAUUGCUAAUAAGAUCUUGGUUAAUUAAACAGUCUCUUGUUCGUAGGGAGAAGUUCGCCUUGCCAAGGUCAAGGAGCCGGAUGCUGAAUCAAGUGCUCCAGCUGGUGUUGCUAUUCCCUGGUGGCAUCAUAUUGAUUGCUUUCUGGAAAACCGUGUAUCUUUGGAGGUUGACUCUUCUGUGACAGCUGAGUCAUUCUCUGGAUUCACUAUCUUGAAGAAGGAAGACAAAGACUUGUUGAAGAGCAAACUGGGAACAGUGAAAUUGAAGAAGGCUGGGAAAGGGAACAAAAGAAAAGCACAAGCAGUGGAUGAAACAGAUGCUAAACAAACAAAGACAGCAGAGGAAGAUGAAUGUGAGAAAAAGUUGAAG